CUCGAGAGCGAACGAUUGUGCUAUCUCUAAAACAUUUCCGGGGCUGCCAAUAUCUGUUCAGUCUUCAGAGAGAGUAAACAAACCUUAGCCUUUAUGAAAUAAAUCGGUUGCUAUUAACAAGCAGGGCAUUCGAGAGUGAUUGAUUUUACGAGAUACGCGUUUUGGUCGUAAUGUGAAGAACGAGAUUUCGAAACGUAGCGAUUGACCAAACAGAGAACAACCAGUGGCGAUGAAUUCAGAAGGGUGUUUUUGUGUUUUUCUCAUCUUCUCCAUGAGCUUUAAUUGUAUUCUUGGGAGUGCAACUUACAAGUCCAUCAUUUGGGAUCCUGAAAAUCCACUGUUUAAAAGUGACUGCCCCUCCGGAAAGCCCAAGCUUGUCAAUGUGAAAUCGCAAUCAAAAAUCAACUUUGUGUGUCCAAAUGUAGCCACUCUCAUGGACUCGACUUUGGGAGAAGUAACAAAAACUAACAAGUAUGAGAACCUUUGGCUAGUGCACACCACUGAUGCCUUCAACAAUUGCAGUGUUACAUUGGAUCCAAAGCAUUCCAUCCUCAUGCGCUGCGAAGACCCCACAUCACUUCAGUUUCGCACCAUCAUAUUCCAACCGCAUUCAGCUGAAAAUCACCUUAAAUUUGAAAAAGGAAAAUCAUAUUUCUUUAUCUCAACAUGCAAAGGAACGUUGUCCUCAGUGAACCACACAGAUGGAGGACACUGUGGUGGAACACAAAAUGGUGGCUUCUUGAAAAUUGAAAUGCAUGUUUGUGGUGAUGAAGAUUCAGCUUGCCUUGCAAAUAUUGGCAAGCCACAUUGCCGGAAAGAGCCUUUACCCUCAUCUUCUGCAGCUCUAGAACCUUCAUCAACUCUAAAACCCUCUUCAACUCUAAAACCCUCUUCAACUGUUGGAAAGGAGAUAGUGCCCACUGCACUUGAUAUACAUCCUGUAACUUCAUAUCUGCCCACCACUGUUCCUUGCACUGCGAAUACAAAAUGCACUGCAACAGUAACACAAAUUGCUACGGUUUCAUUAUGCACUCCGUCUCCCACCAACGGGACUGGUGAAGGUGGACGUGUUGAAAAAGUGGCAAAUCAGAAAGGGGCUCAACAUUCUGAAAGUGAAAGUGCGGAAGAGUGCAACGAAUGGAAGAUUGGUGUUGCAGUUGUAAUUGUUUUAUUGAUUAUUGCUGUUGUUUGCUUUAUCGUGUAUCAGUUUUGUUGGAAAAAAAAGAAAAUGAAGUGUCCACAGUAUGAAGUGAAAGUGGAACCUAGCUAUGGUUUGGCAAAUGAUGGUUUUAAGAGUGAGACUGACGCCGACUCACUUAAAAGAGGUCUUUCUCCACUGGACAUGAAUGAAAAGGGUAGCCUUGAGAUAAAAAAUGGAGGCAAAGAUGUGUAUUUUCACAAUGGACAAGCAGAUAUGAAGAAAACGCCCCACGUGUAGGUGAUCACAGUUCAAUAUCCAGGUCAAUCCCUCAAACUGUCAAGUCUUAGUUUUGAUUGAAAAUUCUGAAAAGAAAUUACAUGUUAAUCAAUUCAGGGAAUUGAACGAUCAGUGAUCCUUGUCAGAAUUUUAUAACCUUUCUCAUCCAAGAAAUCUCCUAUUUCGAAUGUUGCUUUUGACAUAUCCCAAGUAUAAAGAAUGAUGGAGCUGUUUUUGCUUUUCUUUAAUUUUUUUGCUUGCAAAACAUUGGAUAGUAGUUGCUUGGUUUGGAUUGCGAUAAAUACAUGUACGUCUCUCCUCUUUCCAACUUUAGAGGCACUACUAUUAUUUUUAUUGCACUACUAUUAUUUUUAUUAACACGUAUUACAGUUGUAGGUGAUUAAGAAAAU